AAAUAAAAAUCAGUCCCCUUUUUAUUUUGGAGUUGGGACAAUUAAAAAAACCCUAGCAUAAAACCCUAAUUGGACAUUGGUGUUUGUUAAACCUGCGGAGCUGGGCAAAACGAAACCCUUUCGACGACCUGAACUCUCUGAAUACUAGUCCUUCAGAUCCAUAUUCUCUGUAUCAAUCUUCGUUCGGUUCGUUUUCUUCUCAUCAUGGCAACUAGACUUCAAUUUGAGAAUUCAUGUGAAAUUGGAGUGUUCUCGAAACUGACCAAUGCGUAUUGUUUGGUCGCAAUUGGAGGUUCAGAGAAUUUCUACAGCACUUUCGAAUCUGAGUUAGCAGAUGCUAUCCCCGUCGUCAAGACCUCCAUUGCAGGAACUAGGAUAAUCGGUCGGCUUUGUGCUGGAAACAAAAAUGGGCUCCUCUUACCUCACAAUACCACUGACCAAGAACUUCAGCACUUGAGGAAUAGUCUGCCAGAUCAAGUUGUUGUUCAGCGCGUCGAAGAGAGACUGUCUGCUCUAGGGAAUUGCAUUGCAUGCAAUGAUCACGUUGCUCUUACACACACUGAUCUUGACAGGGAAACUGAGGAGAUGAUAGCAGAUGUUCUUGGGGUUGAAGUUUUUCGCCAGACAGUUGCUGGGAAUAUUCUUGUGGGCAGCUACUGUGCCUUCUCCAAUAGAGGCGGCUUGGUCCAUCCUCAUACAUCCAUUGAAGACUUGGAUGAACUCUCGACCCUCCUUCAGGUCCCUUUGGUGGCAGGGACUGUGAACCGUGGUAGUGAAGUGAUAGCUGCUGGCUUGACUGUAAACGAUUGGACAGCAUUCUGUGGAUCAGACACUACAGCAACAGAAUUGUCUGUCAUUGAGAGCGUCUUCAAGUUGAGAGAAGCCCAACCUUCCUCCAUUGUUGAUGAGAUGAGGAAAUCAUUGAUUGACAGCUAUGUGUGAUAUUUAAUGUUGGCCAUUAGGUCAGUGCAUCAAAGGCACUAUUUGUGUUAUUUUGGGAUUUAAACAGUUUAAUUUUUUUGAUGUUUGCUUUUGGGAUAAAAUGUUCAUUUGCCCUAUUAUAUAAACAUAUUUUUAUGUCA